CGUUGUUCUUCAGAAACAAAAUGGCGGACGUAGAGGCUCCCGACGACAGUGCCUACUAUUUGGACCAGGUCACCAUCACAGAGGACCUGGAUGAUGAUUACCAGUAUGAGGAGGUGUCUGUGGAUGAGGAGACCAUCGCUGAAGGCGAUGAGGACUUGGAUGCUGCAGUGAGAGUGAUAGAAGAGGCAGCACAGGAUAUAAGGGCUUCACUGCGUAGAGAGGGUGUUCCUGGUCCUGCUGUUAUCGAGCGUCCGGAGGUGGUGGAUGAUUUCGUAAGGAACUAUCUCCUAAAGAUGGGGAUGAGGAAGACUCUGGAAUGCUUCCAGACAGAGUGGUAUGAACUUCAACAGAAGGGUCUGCUUAAGGAAGAGGAUGUACAAACAGUUCCAGAUGUUUAUUCCAGGAACCAACAGCUUGAUGACCAUGUUAAACUUCUCAGGAAGGAGGUGGACAAGUUCAAGGAUGCUGCCAACAAAGCCAAGGACAUGUACGUGAAACUGCGUAAAGAGAGAGAUUUCCACCGAAUGCACCACAAGAGGGUUGUACAGGAGAAGAACAAGCUGGUAACCGACAUCAAAAGGCUGAAGAAACACUACGCCUCCUACGAGCCCACCCUACGCCAGCUGAAGCACAAGUAUGAGACAGCCAUGAAGGAGAAGAUGUUGUCUAAACUGGAGAGGGACAGGGCUGUGGGACAGGUCAGUGGUCUCCAGGCCACCUUGAAGAAUAUAGAGACAGGCAGAGGAGAGACAGUCUUUCUUCAAGGAGUCCAUAGUUCCCGUGAGUUGGCGAAGGCCGGGAUAGGGCCCACACAGCAGAGCCUGCGUGAGGCUAGGAACAUCGAGGGUCUGCCAGGGUACGAUCCCAGUAAGGAUCCUACCAGGGGCGAAUUCAAGAGACAUCCCAAAGAUACAGAGUUUCCACUGGACAACAGAGUCAACCCCUACUUGACCAGUCAGAAGACACCCACUGGUCAUCUGACCAGGACCGGAGGCUUCCGACUGACCAACACCCUGCAUGCUCACCAACUGGCCAUCAGCAAUUUGGCCCUACACCCUCGUAAGGAGAUUUUGGUCACCACAAGUGAUGACCACACCUGGAAGAUGUGGGCCAUUCCUAACGGUGACAUCAUCAUGACUGGGGAGGGUCACGAGGACUGGGUGUCUGCAGCUGACUUCCAUCCAAGUGGUACCAAGCUAGCCACUACUGCAGGUGACAGUACAGUAAAGGUGUGGGACUUUGCCAAGACUGAAUGUACCGUCACAUUCGCAGAACACACACAUGCAGCCUGGGAUUGUGCUUGGCACUGGACUGGUGACUUCCUAGCGUCCUGCUCCAUGGAUAACACAUCGAAGGUCUGGGACCUGAACAGCGAGCGAUGUCGCUACACUCUACGCGGGCACGCCGACUCCGUGAACAGUAUCACAUUCCUGUACUACUCCAACACUCUCUGUACUGGCUCCGCGGACAAGACCAUCUCUCUAUGGGAUGCCAGAACUGGACUGUGCGCUCAGACCUUCUAUGGCCACAUGCACUCUGUCAACAAUGUGACAUUCAACCUGAGGGGUGACACCAUAGCGUCCUGUGACUCGUACGGUGUACUGAAGCUAUGGGACGUGCGGGCCAUCGCUACCAUCACCAGCGUGGACCUGGGGCCGCACCCAACCAACAGGGUGGCCUUUGACCCCUCUGGCCAAGUUCUUGCUGUUGCUAGUAACGAUGGAACAGUGAAGAUGUUUGAGGUUGGGUCUGGACAGGUCAGCUCUCUAACCGGACAUGAAGACGCAGUGCAGGCGGUUGUGUUCGACAGGAAAGGAGAGUACCUGGUGUCAGGCGGCUCAGACGGGACUGUUCGCAUCUGGUCGUAAUCUGAACACCAGGAGUUGCGCUGAAAACCUUGUAUACAUUUGAAAGAUUUAAAACUACUGUUGUCAUGCAGUCAUAUUACAGUGUGUGAUAAUUUUGAAAACCUUUAUUUGCAUACUAUAGCAUUAUGUUAAUUUGCGCUCUCAAUUAUGGCACUUAGAUGGUGACUUCUGUUGAACACCUUGAUGUGGUAUAGUGUGAAAACAUAGAAAUGCAAACUAAAAACAAAGAUGUAGAUAUUUCACAGACAUGCAGCCAUUCUCUUAUUGGUUGAACAACUGAUUGACAUGCUAUCAAACCAGGUUUUGCUUUUGUUGGCUAUAAAUAUUGCACACUUGGCUCAGA